ACUCAACCUCCGGACAGGAUCUUCUCCAUCUGCUGAGUAUCAUACCGAGCGUCAUACCAUGCCACACGAAAGGCUCGGUUCAAGCUACUCCGUAGUCAAAAACCAAAAACCCACUUCUGGAUUUCUGUAUACCUAAGUACUACUUUCCCAAGGUCGAACAAAUGUGAACCUCCAUCUUCAUUCUCUUUCCAUCGUCCAUCUUCUACAUCCAGCCUACAUACUAGGAGAUACGAUGGCAUCAAUUACAGACGUCCAAUUUGAGCACUACCAACAACGCAACACACUUGGGAUUCAUGAAACCCACCCUCGUCUAUCUUGGAAGUUCUCGAAUGCACCUGAUGGUUUCCAACAGGAAGGAUACGAGAUAGAAUUUUCCCAGGAGGUAAUCUCAUCACAUGAUGUCAAAGUCUCAUCCAUCAAAUGCAAUUCAAACAACUCCACGCUGGUUCCAUGGCCUCACGAUGAACCCCUCACAUCUCGUCAGAAAAUAUCUGUACGGGUAAGGGCCUGGGGAAGCGAUGACAACACCACCCCUUGGAGUGAUUAUUCUCAUCUCGAAACAGGCUUAUUGAGUCGCGGGGACUGGCAGUGUUCUCGAAUUGCGGCCCCAUGGGGACCUGGUACCUCGGAACCGGACCCCGAGCAAUUGUACAGGAAAGAGUUUGUACUUGAUGAAGGUGCUGUUCAGGCUCGGCUCUACAUCACUGCUCAAGGCAUAUACGAAGCAGAACUCAAUGGCCAAAAGAUUGGCAAUCACUUCCUAUCUCCCGGGUGGACUGCUUAUGAUGGUAGACUUCAGUACCAGACAUACGAUGUGACUGAUCUGCUAUCUAAGGGUACGAAUUGCAUUGGAGUCCGUGUUGCUGAAGGAUGGUUCUCGGGACGCAUAGGGUUUGCUGGUGGCAAUCGCAAUAUUUGGGGUCCUUAUACCGCCUUGAUGGCCCAAUUAGAAGUCACCUACCCGAACGGCGACAUCAAAAAGAUUCUCUCAGAUGGAUCAUGGACAGUCAAGAAAGGUCCGAUCGUCAUGGCUGAGAUUUACGACGGCGAGAAAUACGAUGCUACCGAUGAAGUCCCAGACUGGUCCAAACCAGGGCAAGAGGAUAAUCUUGGUCCAGAGUGGCAGCCGGUCUUAUCACUCUCUCCUCUACCCGAUACCACUGAGCUCACUGCUGGCUUCAGCGAGCCUGUCAGGCGGAUAGAAGUCGUCAAGCCAAUCGAGAAAACCACCAGCCCUUCCGGGAAAACCAUUAUUGACUUUGGCCAAAAUCUGGUUGGUUAUGUCAGGCUGAGCAAUAUCAAGGGCCCACGAGGCCACGAAAUCACUCUUCAACACGCUGAAGUCCUUGAGAAUGGGGAGCUUGGAAUCAGACCAUUACGUAUCUGCGACGCGAUGGACAAGUACAAGCUAAGAGGAAGUGGUCAAACAGAGACUUACGAACCAAGGUUCACUUUCCACGGAUUCCGCUACGUCCAAAUCGAUGGUUGGGUUAGUGACAACGACUUGUUGGCCUCGAUAGAAGCUGUAGUCUGUAAUACUGACAUGAAGAGCGCUGGUUCUUUCUCAUGCUCCGAUCCUCUCUUGAACAAGCUCUAUUCGAACAUCGUCUGGGGAAUGAGGGGCAACUUCCUAUCAGUGCCCACAGAUUGCCCUCAGCGAGACGAACGACUUGGAUAUUCCGGUGACAUAGCAGUCUUCGCUCCAACGGCGACUCUCAUCUUCGACUGCUUCAGUAUGCUGAAGAACUGGCUCAUUGACGUAGAAUGGGAUCAGACUGUCUUGGGAGGUGUUCCUGCAAUGGUCACUCCUAAUGCGAUGCUUCCAGAUCCUGUUUGGUGUAGGAGGAAACCUUGUGCGAUCUGGCACGAUGUUACGGUACUGUUACCGUGGACACUUUACGAGGAGACAGGAGAUACGAGUAUUCUUGCUCAACAGUACAAUAGCAUGAUGACCUGGAUGAAUGUGAUACCGAAAAAUAACUCUGGUAAAGGACACUUGUGGGACAAUUCAAUAUACCAGCUAGGCGACUGGCUCGAUCCCGCAGCUCCUUCAGAUGCACCUCAAAAAGGAGUCACGGACGCCAAGAUGGUUGCAAACGCUUUUCUCAUCCACAGUCUCGACCUCAUGAUCAAAAUAUCCGCUAUCCUGGGCAAAACCAGCGAUCAUUCCAAUUUCGCAGCCGAGUCUCAAGCUGCCAGAAAAGAAUUCCAGGACGAAUACGUUACUCGUAACGGCCGUCUAGUCUCCGACUCCCAAACAGCGUACGCGCUAGCGAUCUGCUUCGAUCUCCUCACCCCCACCCAAAGAUCUCGAGCCAGCACACGUUUAGUCGAGCUCGUCCGAAAGAACGAAUUCAAAAUCGGGACAGGCUUCGCAGGCACACCAUAUGUUACCGAAGCACUAGCCCUCACCGGCAACAUCCAAGUAGCAUACUCAAUGCUACUUGAGAAACAAUGCCCUUCCUGGCUAUACCCCGUCACCAUGGGAGCGACCACCGUAUGGGAAAGAUGGAAUAGCAUGUUACCAGACGGCUCCAUCAAUCCCGGAGAAAUGACCUCGUUCAAUCACUACGCGUUCGGUGCAAUCGCCAAGUUCAUGUAUGAGCGGAUUGCGGGUCUACAGAGACUCGAGCCAGGAUGGAAAUGCUUCCGCGUUGCACCUGCUGUGGGAGCAGAGUUCACAAAUGCUUCCGCUUCUCAUGUGACACCGUAUGGGAACAUUUCCUGUUCAUGGACAACGGUUGAGGUGGGAACUGGGCAGGGUAGUACGAUGAAGCUUCAGGUUUCUGUGCCUCAUGGUACGAGUUGCGAGGUAGUUAUGCCCGAUGGUGAGGGGGAGAAGGUAGAGAAUGUUGGUCCUGGAGAUUGGUCGUUUAAGACUAUAUUCAAGAGGGGCUACGAGUGGCCUGUGUUGGCUCUGGGUCCGAAGAGUUAGACAGCAAUUUUACAACUAUUUUGCUAUCUUGGUCGCUGCCCGCGAAUCCUCUCAGUCAACGAC